CGAAAACAAUCCAACGGCUGAUAUUAGUCAUUCACAGUUUCUAUCUACCAGAGACAAAGCAAGGGGACGAUAUCUCUUAGUUUUCGUCCUCGGCGCCGUCCUCGUCUCUCAAUGGCCUAACAGUUUCGAGGUGAAAAUUGAUGUUUACAAAGCAUUUGAAGUUGGACAUGGAAAUGGGGCCAUAAAUAAAUUUGCAAGUAUCACUAAACUUGAUGGUGCAGCAUGGAGUUAGGAUUUGUAAAAUGUACUGAAAGUGUUUGUUAAGUUGAGUUUCAACCAUUUUGAAACUAUCCUAGUUUAUAAUUGGUAUGCAGCAGGAUUAACACAGAAACAUGGAAGUGAAAACCUCCAAUGAAGCAAAAGAGCUUAUGGACUCUUAUGUGACAUUGGAAGAUGAAGGUGAUGAAUGUUGUGUUGUGGAAGAUGUUGAAACUCCCAUAGUUUUGGAUGACGCACAGAAGGAUGAUUCCGCAAGUCUUGACUUUUCUCAAUAUCUAACAGGCGGAGUUAUAGAACCAACACUGGAUAUGGAGUUUACUUCUGAAGAGGAUGCUAGAAAUUUUUACAAUGCAUAUGCUAAGCAAAUGGGGUUUAGCAUUCGUGUGAAUUCAUAUUACCGCUCGAAGAAAGAUAACUCAAUUAUUUCUCGAGAGUUUUGUUGUUCAAAAGAAGGUUUUCGCCGAGAGAAGCGUGCAAAGAUGGAGCUAGGUGAUGAUACAAGGAGGAGGCGUGCUCGGCCGAUUACAAGGGAAGGUUGCAAGGCAUUGAUGACUGUGAGAAGACGGGAUAAUGGAAGAUGGUAUGUAGCAAAGUUAGAGAAGAACCAUAAUCAUGAAUUAGUGACUCCAGCAAUGCGGCAAUUUCUUCGCUCCCAUAAGCAGGAAUAUGAUCCUAAGAAAGGUUCGGUUAACUCUCUCAGUUCACCUGUGAUGGAGAUGAGCCCUCCAAUGAACACCUUGACUGGUGAUUGUGACAGUUUUGGAAAGAUGGUGUUCCCUCAACAAGAUCAUGUUAAUUAUGUUGGAAGAGGACGGCUAAGCACCUUUGGCAUAGAUGCUCAAGGUCUCUUGGGGUUUUUUAAGAUUAUGCAAGUGAGUGAUCCUGCAUUUUUUUAUGCAAUACAGGUUGAUGAAGAAGAUCGGCUAAGUAGUGUUUUCUGGGUUGACACAAGGUCUAGAAUUGCUUACAAUUGUUUCUCUGAUGUAGUAGCCUUUGAUACAACUUACCAAGUGAAUCAGUAUAAAAUGCCAUUUGCGCCUUUUACUGGAUUGAAUCAUCAUAAACAGUCAGUUUUAUUUGGCUGUGCACUGCUUGCAGAUGAGACAGAGUCCACAUUCAUUUGGCUUUUCACGACUUGGCUUGAAUCAAUGUCUGGGCGGCAACCAGGCUUAAUUAUAACUGACUAUGAUUCAGCAAUAAGUAGAGCAGUACAACGGGUUUUCUCAGAAUCAAAUCACCAAUAUUGCAAGUGGCACAUCAUGAGCAAAAUGCCAAAGGAAAUGGGGCAUGUUUAUAGUGCACUACCAAAAACAUUUCAAGUGGAGUUUGAUAAAUGCAUUAAUAAGAGUGAGACACCUGAAGAAUUUGAAUCUGCUUGGGAAUUGCUCCUGGACAAGUACAAUCUUAGAGGAAAUGAGUGGCUCCAAUCACUAUAUUUUGAUCGCAAGGAGUGGGUCCCUACAUACAUAAGGGACAUAUUCUUUGCAGGAAUGUAUGCUACCCAGAGAAGUGGAAGCGUAAAUUCGCUUUUUGAUGGCUAUGUCAAUGCAAGAACUACCUUACAAGAUUUUGCAGAGAAAUAUGAGAAAGCAUUGGAUGAUCGUUAUGAAAAAGAAGCGAGGGCAGAGUUUGAAACAUUUUACACAAAACCAGUUCUAAAGACACCACUUCCAAUGGAAAAACAAGCUGCAGAAGUUUACACAAGAAAAAUGUUCACAAUAUUCCAGGAUGAACUUUUUGAGUCUCUUGUCCUUGCUGUGAAAUUAACUGGAGCUGAUGAAGGAAGCCACACAUAUGAGGUGGCAAGAUUUGAUGAAGAACAUAAAGUGUACUUUGUUGCUCUUAAUGUUUCCAAACAAAUAGGUAGUUGUAGUUGCAAGAUGUUUGAGUUUGAAGGGAUCCUUUGCAGACACAUGCUUGCAGUAUUCAAAGCAACAAACAUUUUUACGCUUCCACUGCAUUUUAUAUUAAAACGAUGGACAAGAAGUGCUAGGGAUGAGGCUAUAUUGGAUGUAAUGCCCUGUGUUGAGAUGCAAGGUAAUUCUCAAAAAGGCAAGAAUUCACAAUACAAUAUUUUGUACCAAGAAGCCAUUAAAUGUGCAGAGGAAGGGAUGGCAUCUGACCAUAGUUUUAAGGUGGCAUUGAGUGCCUUAAGAGAGGCUAGGAUCAAAAUUCUUGGUGCCAAGAAUAAUGCCAUUAGUGCCCCAAAACUUGAAAUCAUGGCCAGCGCAAGCUGCCGGGAUGAGAGCAACACAAUUGGGAGUCAGGUAGACGGUACGUCAGUACUGAUCUCUCCCCUCAAUCCCCAGAAAACUAAAACAAGAGGAUCUUCUACAGAUAAUAAUAUAUCCAAAUAUGCAUCUGAACUAUCAUCAAGCAGAACUAGGUUAUGCGCUAAAUGUAAGUGCCCAGGACAUGAUAGUCAUACUUGCUUGUGGUUGAAGGAUUCAGGCCCGAGCUCUAGCUUGGACCAUCAGAAAGAGAACUUUGUGUGCACAGACAGUCCAUGUGGAAUGGGAGACGACAUUCCUCCAAAAUAAGGGUUUUUCUCUUUUGAUAUUUGUUGAAGAAGAAACAUGGGCUGGGCCCAAAUAGUUCAGAUAAGGCUCUGCUGAGUUUUAAGGUGGAUUUAUUUGUAGGCAAUGUUAGCCUCUUUGUAUUCAUGUUUUACCGUUUUGAUAGAAGAUAUGUAAAAGGUUGUCAGGAAUGAGGUUCGUCGUAGUUUUGAAGUGAAGUUGCUAUGUUAAUUCUCUCAAGUGUUUUGAUUCUUGCUCAGGGUGAUGAGUGGGUGGGUUCCUAGGUUUGAUUCUCUGUAAAAAAAAAGGGAAAGAAAAGGAAAGGAAAAGAAGUAUUCGUGAGCCUUAAGACUUUUUGAGAUUGUUCAUGAUGCACUGUAUUUAGUUCAAGUUUUUGAUUAACAUAGAAUUUGUUUUGCUUUUACUGAUUUGUUUGCUAAGUUAUUUUCCUCCUCUCAUAUGUGUUUUUAAAGUUUUCUAAAAGAAAACAUGCACUAUAUCUCAUCCCUGUGGCACACUAAAUCUUGAGUGUCAGGUGUGGAUUGUGAUACCCUGAGCGCAUUCUUUGUCCUGAGAUUUACUUUCUGAUUGGGUAGACCACAAGAAGAGAUGGGGGAGGGUUUGUUUAAAAAUUCUGGAAGCUCUUUGGGUUGAUUUAUGUGCUCAUGUCUUGUCUGCCAUGUCCUACAUUUUGUUCAUCCUGUCUGGGCUUUUUCCCUCUAUAUUUUUGGUCAAUGUGCAUUAAAAGUUAAUUUUAGCUGCACAAUUAGUUUGUUUUGUUUUCCUUUGUGUUGGCAUCUUUCUUUCCAUUUCAGGAGAAGGUGAUGGACAUAUCAGGAUUUGAUCUUGUUUAUUUGAGUAAGUAUUACUGUUGGAAUGAGUGUGUUCAAUUGUGCCUUUUAUGAUUCAGUAAAUUCUGUAUUGUACUGCCUACUGGUGAGCUUUUCCUGAUUAUUUUCCAUUUUAUCAGGGAUAAUUUUGUGGACUAAUGAGGUGCUUUCUCACUCACUAACCACUAUUUUCUUCAUGAGCUCUUUCUGGAUAGCAAUUAUUUGACAUAUCCAUCUUUUGUAGUUGAGAAAGCCCUGUGACUUUUGUCCUACUGUUUUGAAGCUUCCAAGGAGAUAAGACUGAUGAGGCACAAAUAACUUUCUUAUGGAUUGUUUUAAAAAAUUAUUUCCAAAAAGAAAUAAGCAACAAGUAACAAUAUUUUGUACUUCACAAUGAUUUGAUGGAUAGGAUGUGGUAGAGUUGGCUUUCAACAUAGAGGACUCUGGUUCCCAUCAAAACAAUGUAUCAGUACAUUGAAGUGGAUGUGAUAUGCUUUCUUUUAUUUGUUAUGGCGGAUGAAACAUUAGUCCUUAUAUGGGUGGGACUUUUUUGGUAGUCCAUUGCUAACACAAAGCAUAGGAGGUGACAGUUUUUAUGUUAUGUUUCCAGGUCUGUGAACUUUGAAAGUUUUUUGUAAACUGUAUUUUAUAGCAUGGUACACAUGAUGUAGCUGCAGCAGGUACAGGCGGAAAACUUCUUAUGGAUUUCUUCAAGGAGCUUUUUUAAUCUUUCUUGCUCUUGCAAUUGAUCUGUGGAAGUAAGUAUCGACCUUUUUCUAUUGUUCUGUUUCGUAUUGUUACAUUUAACAAAAUCCUUAGAAGGUUUAACCCCCAGGUCUGUUGUGAACAACGUGGGAAGCAAAAGAAAAGAAAAUGCUUCAAGACGCUUUGAAUGGAAGCAAUCUGUAGCAUGCUCUUAUCAAUUUGCUGUUUCUUUCUGAGAAUCAAGCAUAGAAAUUGCAGUUUUCAGUAGGUUAUUGGAGACCUUGAUUUACUGAUAAAAAAAAAAAAAAGGUUAUUGGAGGCCUUGAUUCAUGAUCGUAUUUCCACUGUCAGGAACUGGAUAGCGUAGAGGCUUUCCUUUGAAGAGGGAUGAGGCGGAUAAGUUAGUUUAGUGGGAGUCAAAAGAUGGAAGUCAAGGCUUUCUAUUUUUUUGUGGUGCCAGAUGGUGUUAAUUUGCUUGUGAAGGUUAUAUGAAUCCUUGGGUGCGGAAAAAAAGAAGAGUUUAGAUCAAUUAAAAACUGAACAAAUGUUAUUUGCUUUGUUGUGUUUAUUUUAGACCAUUUGAUAGGAAGCAAGGAAGUAUAGCAAGUUGUUUGUAAAUGUUGAGCAUUCAAAGAAGGCCAUUAAAAA